AAUGGAAUAAAAGAGGCCAACUAUCUGUUGAGUGCCCUGACAACUGAACAAGGCAGCUCAGUUGUCAGGAGCGGUCUUAUGCGGUAUCUACUUAUGUACAUCUAUAGCCAGAAAAAUAAACCAUUCAAACGCGGCUACAUCACUAUUUCCGCCGGAAGUUUCGGAGUUUCACCAAUAAUCGUUCCAAAGCAGCAGCACCCCAGGAGCCACAGUCAGGCAGGCUUAAUCGAUCUGGAUAAUGGAGCUAUCGCGUCUGGUCUUUUCGCUUUUCAUCUUUUGCUUUAACGGAUUUAAGUGCUGUCUUUCAGAUAAUAACAAACGCUGGAAGUCAUACCUCAGCAAAAUCACAGACGCCACAAAGAACUACAAGCCAUGCAUUCAGAAAAAUUACAGCUGUCAUCUCAGUAUCUUGAAAGAUGACCUCAUGCCAUUCCAAAAUGGAAUAUCUGAGGGGCUGAUGGCAGAUACCGUCCACAGAGGUGUUGGAACACAUUACCAGAUAAUUGGUCACAAACUGUAUAGGGAACAAAGCUGCAUGUUUUUAGCAAGAUGCAGUGGGAUUGAACACUUCAUACUGAAAGUGAUUGACAGGUUGCCAGAUUUGGAGGUGGUCAUUAAUGUACGUGAUUAUCCUCAGGUUCCUAGAUGGGUUCAGCCAGUCCUGCCUGUAUUGUCCUUUAGCAAGACAUCAGAGUACAAGGACAUCAUGUAUCCCGCAUGGACAUUCUGGGAGGGAGGACCUGCUAUAUGGCCUAUUUAUCCUACUGGACUUGGCCGAUGGGACCUAAUGAGGGAUGACCUAAAUAAAUCAGCUGCACAGUGGCCCUGGAAGAAAAAGAUAACCAAAGGAUUCUUUAGGGGAUCUAGAACCAGUUCAGAGAGAGACCCUCUUAUCCUUCUUUCUCGAGAGUCCCCUGAUCUUGUGGAUGCCGAGUACACAAAGAACCAGGCCUGGAAGUCAGAGAAGGACACUCUUGGGAGACCCCCAGCCAAGGAGAUUCCCCUAGUUAACCACUGUGAAUAUAAAUACCUUUUUAACUUCAGAGGGGUUGCUGCUAGUUUCCGUUUCAAGCAUCUUUUCUUGUGUGGCUCGCUGGUUUUUCAUAUUGGGGAGGAAUGGCUUGAGUUCUUCUAUCCUCAGCUCAAGCCCUGGGUUCACUACAUCCCUGUUAAACAGGACUUAUCAAACAUCAGUGAACUUCUUCAGUUUGUUAAAGAAAAUGAUGGUGUGGCCAAAGAAAUAGCUAUGAGGGGGAAGAAGUUUAUUCUGGAUCACCUUCGCAUUGAGGACAUAUAUUUUUACUGGGAGAGGCUGCUCACAGACUUUGGUAAACUGCUCAAAUACAAACCCAAAAGGAAAUCAAACUACUCUCAGAUCCUUUCCAGGCCCACCAGACUUGAACUUUGACUUGAGGAAUUUACUGUGUAAAUAUAAAUGUCUUAAGUAUAUUCUUUCAGAAUUUUACAGUCAUCUUACGGAGUUAGUUUUUUAUAUUGUGUUAUCUAGAAAGGGUGUAUUGAAAACAAUAAAUUCUUGUUGGUAUUUCAAGUGUUUUAGUACUAUAAACUUUUCUUCCACUUUUAGCAAAACAAUUUCUUGUUUAAUCUACACGCUCCACUAUGGAAGCCCCGAAAAGACAUUUGUCGUUAUUUUAAGAUACAAUGUUGUUAUUUCAAGAAAAUACUUAAUUGUUUCAUAAUAUUGCUAUUUUGUAAUCACGUGAAAAAAAAUCUUAUUUUACAUUUUUGCAUUUGGCAGAUGCUUUUAUCCAAAGCGACUUACAUUGCAUUAUAUUACACAUUUGUUUCUAAGUAUGUGCAAUCCCUGGGAUUGUACCCAAGACCUUGCCGUUGCAAAUGCCAUGCUGAUAACCACUGAACUACAUGUCAUCUUCUCAUUUUUUAUGUUGUUUCAAUAUUGAUAUCAGCUACUAUACAGGAAAAUCGGAUAAGAUAAUCGACACAACUAUCAAGAUGAUCGGGACUAUUCGCCUUGUGAUUAGGUCUUCUAAAUCAUUUUGUGGCCUUCCCUGAUUUGUCAAGCCUUUCGUCUACAUUGCUGUGACAUUUCAAUUAGGCGGGAAAUGAAUGCAUAAUGUGCCAGAUGGGCCACGGACCAUUUUAAAAUAUAUAUAUAUAUAUAAAACAUAGCUGCAAGCAGCAAUAUGGGGCCAAGCCCCAGAAGGCGCUGCAAGCACAGCGCAGAACCUCACCUGCGCAGAGUAAUGAAAGCAAAACACAACACACAGAACAUACAUGAAAAACACAUUGGUUGAGAACUUAAAAUAAAAACUACCUUAGCUCAACACACACUGUCCUGUUCUUAGUUAUAUUAUAGUUCACGUUGUGAAAUACUGACACCUAGUGGCCACUUGUAGGAACUCUGUCACAUUUAGUCAGACAUCAGCCAUUUUGUAUUUAAAAGCUCAUGGUGCAGAGUACAGAUGUGCAUCCACGUCCAUCCUUCUUAUUUUGAUCCUUGAGAAUGCAAAGGCUGUACGUUUGAAUACCCAAUUCACACAGUUGAACAUGGUGGUUGUGAAUUUUGCUUGGUUAUAUAGUUUGAGAACUAUUUACAUAUGCCAUGUUAAAAUACAAUUCAGAAGAUAAAAUCUUGAUGAUAGAUCAUUAAAGCUUAAUGUAUUGUUUUAGUAUACACUUAAGUCUCUCUUACACAAUGUUUUGGGUAUAGUGCUGUUUGAUGUAUCAAUGCCUCUGUAAUAUCUUUACAAUAUCUUGGUUAAUUUAUGUUACAGUUUCACAAAUUCAUCUUCAGUAAAGAGAGUACAAACCCAAACUAUGUCUACGACCUUUGCUGGGGUUUUGUUUAGCUCUCUGCCAAAGCACUGCACAAAAACGCAAGUUGGGGGCAGAAGACACACACCACACAGGAUUAGAACCCACAACUGCAGGAACUUCAAGCAGGUGGCUUAGCCAGUCUUGCCCCUCGGCUGACAACCUGGCGGCUGAUCAGACCUCACAGAGCUGCAAGUAGCAAUAUAUACCAAUCACCGAAGUGCAGCAUAAAGAGCGAAAACGGCUGAAACGUGAAAACUGACAUGUUGGACAUGCAGCUGCACAUGUAAGCGCUGUCUGAAGCUAUAGCAGCACAGAGCCAGAGCGACAAGAGCAAAAACCGGAAGAUAUAGAACGUACAUGAGAAGGCAAUGGGUUAUUGAAGAAUAGGUGAGAAUUAAAUCAAAUUGUAGACAAAUCAUAGAGAAUGAAAUGCAAUUUUAGACUUUACGUAUUAGAACACAACGCUCGUGCCACUCGAGCUUCAAACUGACAACCUCUUGAUUUCAGUUUAUCAGGAUGUGCCACUCAGUUGACGUGCUAGGCUCAGGCUGCCGUGGAGAACUUCCAGUGCUGCAAGCAUUGAUACGGGCCAAUCCCCGAAGGUACUGAAAUGAGAGCGGAGUGCAGAAAUAACAGACAUACUAUUUGAGAAACAGAUAGCAUAAAUGAGAAUGAACUCAAGAUAAUUUUGUAUAGUAAUGCACAAAACGUUUCAUCCAAGUCAGAAUAGUUUAAUAUGAGAAAGAGACAAUGUCACAGGCACAGUGAUCUUUGAAGAGGAAUUUCUAAAAAAAACGCCCCAGAAAUAAUAAAAUCAGUUUGGCCAUUUCUGUACGGCUCGAUCCAAAGAUCAUACAGGCGAAGCUUGGAAAAAUAUAUACCUCAUUUGUCAAAUGAGCAGCGAAAAAAAGUUAUGAACCGAAUGUUAAAAUAUGACAAAUGAGGCAUCAAUGGAAUCGGCACGAACCAGUAGAAAUAAUGACCAUCAGAAAAUGAAUUUCAGACCAUGCGUUCAAGAGUUAUAAGCAAUUAUAUGAAAAGCGUUAAAUCUCAUGAACACUAGUUGGCGCUGUCUGGAAACUUCGGGUGUACAUCUGGGACAGUAAUUAAAUGACGCGUACUAAAUUUGGUGCUGAUAUAUCAUACAAUUCAAAAGAUAUUAAUUCAAUUUUAUUUAUAUAGCGCUUUUCACGAUGUGCAUUGUUCCAAAGCAGCUUUACAGGAGAAAAUAAGAAAAACUUGUGUAAUUUCUGGACUGUUUUUCACCACAGUUAUAAAUGCACUUGAUAAAAUACCUAGAAAGUAUUGAGAAGUAUUCAUAGGAACAUUAGUACAUAGAUGGGUUGAUCUGAAAUCAUAGUCAAUAAGAAUAAUUACAUAUAAGUAGGUUUAUGAUGAUAAUUUGAUUAUUUGAAGACGAAUUGAUGAUUUAAUGACACAAUCUGUACCUGUAACCAAUGAUUGUUCAUAUAAAUGCACUUAAUGUCACUUUAAGCAUGUUUAAAGCACAUUUGAGCACAAUGUAACAAUGUAAAAUCCAGUGAUGUUUUUAGAGGCCUAAAGUUUGAAGCCUGCUGUGCUCUCUCUGAAACCUGGGGAUUUUCCACAGUUUAAAAGUAACCAUGAUUACGCACGGACGCCACGCCGUCUCGUAUGGAGACCAUGGCUUGUUUGGUGGUCUCGUGUAGUAACCAUUGUAUGCAAAUUAUUUUAAAAAUGAUGUAAUAACCAGCGUACCACCAUUAGAUACGUACCUUGUUACCUGGGACUUAUUGGUGGCAGACAAUUAACAAUUGGUUAAUAAAAAUAAGAGAUAACAGGAAAAUACCUGAUUGGUUUCAGAAGAGACCACCUUUCAGAAAUUUUACUAUAAUUAUAGACUGGAAAACACUUGGUUUUUAGAUGACUUGGAACAUCUCACUUUGUUUGGCUCGAGCAAAUAAAGUUAACUCCUCGACACCCGGACCUUCUUUGUCUGAGAGAUUUUUUGAACUACAAGACUGAAAUUUUUCCACAACAUAUUUUGGUGCCGUGACCCGGAUUGGAAAGAGACGGAAGACAUCAGGAGGCUGCCUAGGACGGAGCAUCCGGCUUGCUGCACAGAUCAAGAGCAGGACAAGAUUGGGGGUGUUUCAAAGCAGGACUGCAGAUAGGAGUUUCUGGUCAGAGUGACAUCACGGACGCAGACUACCUAUUACGACGAGAGGAAAUUAAAUUACCAUGGAAACGAUGUAUGCCACUGACGGAAGAAGAAUAUUCACGGAACCGAGAACAAUCCUGGUAUGAGAGAGCGGUACUACACCCUUCACGAUCUUGGUACUCCAGACGAAUACUGGGACCAGCAGCACGACAGAUACUGAAACAGGAUCCAGCAGUCCUAGCUGUGGGGCGUUCAGUUGCUGUACCAGCCUAUUACGACACCGAUUGUGGAAUAACUAUUUUCUUUUUCUUCACACAACCUGGACAACGACCAGUUAUAUAUCGAGGAAAGAAAGCCUUAACAACUACAGGUCAUAACUUACCUAUCACGGAGUGGGAAUACGUGUGUGCGCAUUAUCCAAGGAACUAGAACUGUGAGUAGGAGCACGAGGGCAAAGUGCCAGUGGAAGAACUGCCCUCAUUUAGAGAGGGUGGGGGCCACCCACUGGACGAACAUAGUUAGCUUAAAGAAAUUAGUUACCCUGAAGUGACUCCUUUAGUGACCUCACCCAUUUCAAAGACUUUUCCACAUGUGGCGUCACGUUGUACCAUUGACAACCCAAGAUCGUUUAUUACUCAAUUUAAAGACACCUCAUUCCAGAUAUUUUUCAUUUAAUCCAACUAACUUUUGGCCGGGAAGAGACAACAACAGAACCUACUCAACGCACGUUGAUAGAAGACUCCUGCAACAGGACGAGAGUAUAUUAGCAGUCUUUGUAACAGCUGCAGAAAAAUCUACAGAUAACGCAACACAAGUAGGAAGAACGUAUAUUGUUGGCGAAACAAGACAAAACUUUAGACCAGUAUUGGACAGAGCAACUGGCCAUUUAACUUUGGAAUAUACGGACAUCACUACGCAGCUUUGGAAAUAUUAUACGGAUUAUUACCCAAAUAAUUGACCUAAUAAACAUUGUAUGUGACGAAUGUCAUCUGCCUUUAGACAAUUUGCUGAAAAAUUCAAACCUGAUCAUACGGAUGACACCCCACACCGAAAACCACCUGCAGACAGAAUAAGAGGAACAUCGCUCUAUUUUCCAACCAGGGAGGAAGGUACUGAGAGACCGUGUUAUCAAGAACUGGUGAAUUCUGGUUACGUGUCUGUAUUUCAAGAACAAAGACAACUGGAACUGCUAGAGCCUCUGAAAUUGCUGUCACAAGACAAUGCUAUAUUGGCUGUAGGUUUUACUUCAACACAGGAUGAUUCAUGGACUGAAAGAAGGCCAAGUUGGACUUUAACUGUGUGCACUCAAUAUUUGUUUUGGCCCUCAAUUAACCUGAACACAGGAACUUUGAAAUUUAAACCACAUAAUUGUCAUACACGAUUUAGAGCAGAAGCCAGAUUAAAACCAGGUCAGUGGAUGAUUUUUACUUAUCACACUGAAGGAUAUGAAUUAAAUUGAAUCUUACUAAAAUUGAACUUUGCAAAUAACAAUAUGGAGAGCUCACGACACCCAUGCCAUCCCAUGAGACUCCGAAAGUUGUUUGGACAGCGAGACAUAGCAUCUGUUUUGAUCAUUUUGACAUGUGUGAUCAUAAUACCAAUACUUAUGAGACAAUUCCCAGAUGAUGAGGAACUUCCAGAUACCCUUUUCAAGGAUAACAUAACUCUGCGCAAAGACAUGGAUAUGGAUUUGAACCACACAGACUUUAUGAAUUCUACCUUGGAACAGGCUGACUUUGGAGUAAAUGCUACUACAGAUGAACAUUUGUCCCCAGGUCAGUUGGUUCCAGAGUCUGCACCAAAACAUCGAAAUAAACGACAGAGUAUCAACAACACAGACCAACUUGAUUCAUGGAUGGAUCACCCUAAUCCCCCUCAUCCUUAUGCUACUAACAUGUGGUGGAGAUUCACCAAUCAUACAGUCAAAAUGUAUGCUUCCAGAAACUGUUAUGUUUGUUCUCAGUUCCCUCAUAGCACCACUGGAGGAGACUGGUGGCCACAUCAGGAUCAUAACACAACAUUUGAGAUGACUAUGGUUGCAAUAGCAGCUGCAGGACUACAAAGGAACCCAAAUGCAGAUACUGAAAGUGUUAUGAUGACUCGAAUGGACAGCACUUGGAAAUCAAUCACUCUCCCCAAAAGACUUUUUGCUCAGAUUGCAACAGUCAAGCAUUUACCUAGUAAACUCAUCUGUCAUGAACGAUCUUCAGGAGGACAUUUCUUGGGAAAAUUACCAGAGAGGAAAUGUUCACAUAUCUACAAGCAAACAAAUGAAUCUAUGAGACAAAGUUGUAUGUCAUGUCUUCGCAUAGCAGACUAUGUGCAUCCUCCACCUCGCCUUGUUACAACUACACAUAAAGCUCCACAAACAGUUGUGGCCUACCAAUACCUUGUGACUUCCGAGAGAGGACGAGCAAAAUGUCCUUCAUGUUUGACUGUGCAUGUUCCCGAUCUAGAGGGAACAGGUGUCGUUGAAGGACACUACUGGCUGUGUGGAUAUCGAGUAUACUUAUCCUUACCAAAGAACUGGACAGGACUAUGUGCUUUAGUCCAACUACAUGGAGGGGCCAUCAUCUUGCCCGAUCGAGCAAUGGACAGUCAACACCGAACAAGAAGAGACUUAU